AUGCCACCCGGUUAAUUGUAAGCUAAUAUCUGAUAUUUUAUAGGCAGAAGAACAAAUAAUAAUAAAAAAAUGUGUUGACUCCUUAAAAAUUGGAAUUGUUACAGGAGAAUCGUAAAUUACUUAGUCACAUAUUCAAUAUCGGAAAUUUGCAUGCGCAACACAAUCUCCACAGAGCUAUGCUUAGGUAUUUUUUUCUUUAAUAAUUCGAAUAGAAUGAGAGCGGCGAUGAUCGAGAAAAAAAUAGAUGUCUCUAGGAUAUCCAAAAAAAUUAAAGGAAAGAUUGUGUCUUAGCUAUUGAGAUAUGAAAGUCAUACCUCUCUCCAUGAGGCAUUUUUGAGGUAUAAUCAUAAAUUAUCAGUAAGAUGGAAAAUACGAGCCGAUCCUGAAAUCGUUAAGAAAGCUGUUGAUUAAAUUCUUCUCAACUCUAGAUUAAAUGAAUUCAAUGCCUUUCACAAGUUGAAAAAUCUCUUAGGGUAUAAAAUUUAUAUUGAAUUUUAGUUAAAAAGAUCUUCAAAAAAAAAUGAAUGCUAAAAAAAGAAAAAAUAUGUGUUUAAUGAAUUUGGCACUUUUCCUAUAAAAGAAAGACUUUUAAUUAAAAACUGCAGCAGUAGCUGCUUUGAAACCAAAAAAUUAAGACUCUGACAAAAUGUUGGGUUUGCUUUUAUGGAGCAUCAGUUCUAAACAUAGAGAGAGAUAUUUAAGAGAGAAAUUCAAUUGGUGGAGACUUUAUUCUAAGGUAAAAUCAGAUAAAUUGUAAAAAUAAUUGAAAGCUCUUGAAAGAUUAGGAGAUGAAUACAAUAUGAGAAAUGAUAGACUAGAUAGAUAAAGAUUGAAAGAGGUAUGAAAUAUUUUAGAUUAUAAUUAGGCUUUUGAAAAAUGGAGAGGUGAUUUAAUGAAUUUUAGACUCAAAAAAAAGUUUUUCUCUGUACUGUUAAAAACUACAUUUGGCAGAUUAUAGAGAUGCUAUACAAGAUGGGUUGAUUUGCCUGAUAAAAGAGAAAAUGACAUGAAAAAGUAAGGCAUGUUAUUGAUAACUAAAUUAACAAAUAAAGCAGAUUAGAAUAAACGAUUGGUUUGGAAUUCCUUUAAGGCUAUUGACGAUGAUGCUAAAAAUAAGAAGACAAAAGUUAUAAGAGAAUUAAUUGAAGUUACUUUUAAUCAAUCAUAUACAGCCUUCUAUAAAUGGGCAAAUUAUAAUACCUAUGCCAAAUUAACUGAAACAAACUUAAGAAAAAUUAAAGCUCUAUAAGCUAGUGCUAAUGUAACUUAAUAAUUAGUAAAAUUUGAAACUUUUAAAUUAUUUGGAUUGAGUAAAAAGGCUGAAAUAUGUUAAUUUCUAAAUAAGUUGAUCUUAAAAAUUUAAUAGAGAUAAAAAAUGGAUGCUUUGAGAUAAAUUGAAAACGUAUCUAUGUAAAAAAAAAUGUAAGAGAAAUUAGAUAACAUAAACAAACAAGAAAUUAUCUCUAGAUUAGGGGAUACAGCAAAUAAAACAGAAAAAGGUUUGUUAAGAUAAGUGUUAAGAAAAUUUGCAAUAAUGAGAGAAUAAUAGGAAAUUAAAAAUAAAUACUUUGGUAGAAUUAUUUUAACUACAAGUGGAAUGGCUAUGGAUGCUUUUCGUAGGUGGAAAUAGUUGCCUGAUCCAUCUAAUUAAUAAAUGCUACAAAAUGUUUCAAAAUUCUAGUUAAGACUCCAAUUUCUCUUUAAACAAAGAGUAAAACAAUCAUUUGAUCCUUUAAAAGAAGUUUAUUAUUAAGGUAUCUAAUCUAAAAGACUGUGUAUUAAAUAAAUGUUAGUCAAAUAAUUAAGUGCUCCAUAAAGAUUUCUACGUCAAUGGUAAUCUAUGAAUAAAAUUUAUAAAUCUGUAAUAGCUUGUUAAAAAACCAAUAACUUUUUUGAUUCAUUAUAGGAUGUGCUAAAAAGUAAUAUUAAAUCCUUUUUAUACACAAGAAAAGACGCAGAAGCUAAGGAAAGAUGCUUGGUUAAAUUAAUGUCUUCAUUUACAAAUAAUUUGAUGAUAGCAUUCUUAAAAUGGAAAAAUUAUAAUAAAUAAUAAAAAAUAUCAGAACAAUUGGGAGAUGAGAAAAAAAAGUUUAUGUUAAUCAAUCUGUAGAGAUUCAUAAAAAAUGAUAACUUAAAUAGAUUAAGAAGAAUUCUCAGACUCUUUUAUAAUGAAUAACAAGUAAAUUAGAUGAUAAAGAAAAUUCAUUUAAGAGUUCUUCAAACUUAAAUAGGAUAAGUAGAAUCAUCAUUUUUAAAAUGGAAAUCCUUACCUGGAGAUGAUGCAUUGAAAAAUUAAGCUAAAGUAAGUAAAUUUGCUAUUUCACUUGGUAAAAUUGCUUAUAGAUUUGUAAAAUUGAAUUCUUGGGAUUAAUUAGAAAAUAACUUAUUAGAUGGAUAAGCUAAAAAGAAAUUUUGCAUCAAUAAAAUGAUUGCUAUUACACAAAGUGAUUUGAAAAAAGCAUUUUUAUUAUGGCAUCGAAAAGCCUGGGAAAUGAAAAUGUUUGAUAAGUUUUCAUAACUAAAUGUUACCCUAAAUGAUUAAAUUGUCAAGCAAAAAUUAAUUGGAUGGAUAAACGCAGGAUCAAAAGUUAAAUUUUUUGCUCUAACAGAAGUUUUGAGAAGAUUUAAUUAAAAUGCAAUAGAAAAUAAUCUCAAAAGAAAAGCUCUUGCUAUAAUAAGCAGAAAUACAAUUUCUUAGGUUUGGCUAUCAUUCAAUAGAUGGAAGUAAUUGCCUGAAGAUAAUAAUGAUAUUAGGGCUAAAGUAAGUAUUUUUGAAAAAUCUAUGAGUAAAUUUGUAAUUCAUAUUUGGAAGAAACACACUUGGAAUCCUUUAUAAGAAGUUUAUGAUGACGGUUUGGCAAUUAAAAAAAGAGCAGUAUUGUUAAUGAUAAAGACUUAAGAAUCAGAAUAAUAAAGAACCCUCGAUUAAUGGAAUAAAAAUGUUUCAUUAAUUAAAGAAGUAGAGAGAUGCAAAGUUGUUAUAAGCUUAUUUGGAUUUUUAGGAUCACAUAUCAAGAAUAAUAUCGCUCCAUUAAAACCUGAUGAAGAAUCAUAAAAGAAAGAAAAGGCAUUGCUUAGACUUAUUGGAAACUUUGAUAGUAAUUUAAGAUAUUUCUUCAUGAAAUGGUAUAAUGAUGGAAAAUUAGAAAAAUUAUAAGGGGCAAUGACUGAUGAGAAAAAGAAAUUGCUAUUGGAAGCCAUUAAUAAUUUCUCUAAGAAUAAUGACUAUGCAAGAUUGAGAGCCAUUCUCGCUAAAUUCAGAAGAAAUUCAAGCAUUACUGCAGUUCAAGAUAGAUUCUUUGCUAAAUUGUUUGCAACUUAAUUCGGAGGUGCUAUUAUGGCAUUCUAAAAAUGGAAAAACUUACCUGAACCAGUCAAUACUGAAUAAUUAAAGAAUGCAAGAAAAUUCGAAAGAACUUUAGACAUACUUUUCCACACUCACUUAAAAGUCUCAUUUGAUCCAUUGAAAGAAGAUUAUAUGGAUGCUUUAAACAUUAAAAGAAUGUGUUUAAGAAAAUUAUUUGAAAAGAGUAUGAGUGCUCAUAAAAGAUUAUUUUUACUUUGGGCUCAAUAAAAUAGAUAAGCUAAAUAAAUUGAAGUUUGUAGAUUGACUACAGCAUUAUUUGUGGGAUUAGCUUAAAUCGUAACUGCUAACGUUCAACCAAUAAUGUAAAAUCCACGUGAAGCCUAAGCCAAAGAAAAAGCUUUACAUUUAAUAUUCUAAGGUCAAGCAGAAAAUUUAAGUAGAGCAUUCUUUUUGUGGAGAAAUAGAGCCCAAUAAGAAAGAAUGAAUUAAAACUUCGAAGAUGCUUUAACAGUUGAGAAGAAAAAAUAAUUGACUGAAUAAUUAGUCUAAUUUGAAAAUGGAAAUAAAUUUGCAUUAUAUAGAUAAAUUUUAGCUAAAUUCUCUUUAGCCCAUAAAAAGGAGAAAUUGAUUCUUUAAAUUAAUGCAAGAAUAUUAAGAACCCAAAUUGGAGCUGUUUGGGAUACAUUUAAUAAAUGGAAAAAUAUUCCUGAGGCUAAUGCUGAAGAGUUAAUUAAAGCAAGUAAGUUUGAAGCCUAAUUAAAUAAAUUUGCCCUUCAUAUUUGGAGGAAAAGAACUUGGAAUCCACUUUAAGAAGUUUAUGAUGAUGCACAAGCUUUGAAAAAGAGAGCAAUCAUAUUGAUGAUCAAGACAUAAGAAUCUGAAUAAUAAAGAGUAUUGGAUUAAUGGAAUAAGAAUGUUGGUUUAAUUAAAGAAGUAGAAAGAUGCAAAUGUGUCAUUGGUUUGUUUGGAUUUAUAGGCUCACAUAUCAAGAAUAAUAUCGCUCCAUUAAAACCUGAUGAAGAAUCAUAAAAGAAAGAAAAGGCAUUGCUUAGACUUAUUGGAAACUUUGAUAGUAAUUUAAGAUAUUUCUUCAUGAAAUGGUAUAAUGAUGGAAAAUUAGAAAAAUUAUAAGGGGCAAUGACUGAUGAGAAAAAGAAAUUGCUAUUGGAAGCCAUUAAUAAUUUCUCUAAGAAUAAUGACUAUGCAAGAUUGAGAGCCAUUCUCGCUAAAUUCAGAAGAAAUUCAAGCAUUACUGCAGUUCAAGAUAGAUUCUUUGCUAAAUUGUUUGCAACUUAAUUCGGAGGUGCUAUUAUGGCAUUCUAAAAAUGGAAAAACUUACCUGAACCAGUCAAUACUGAAUAAUUAAAGAAUGCAAGAAAAUUCGAAAGAACUUUAGACAUACUUUUCCACACUCACUUAAAAGUCUCAUUUGAUCCAUUGAAAGAAGAUUAUAUGGAUGCUUUAAACAUUAAAAGAAUGUGUUUAAGAAAAUUAUUUGAAAAGAGUAUGAGUGCUCAUAAAAGAUUAUUUUUACUUUGGGCUCAAUAAAAUAGAUAAGCUAAAUAAAUUGAAGUUUGUAGAUUGACUACAGCAUUAUUUGUGGGAUUAGCUUAAAUCGUAACUGCUAACGUUCAACCAAUAAUGUAAAAUCCACGUGAAGCCUAAGCCAAAGAAAAAGCUUUACAUUUAAUAUUCUAAGGUCAAGCAGAAAAUUUAAGUAGAGCAUUCUUUUUGUGGAGAAAUAGAGCCCAAUAAGAAAGAAUGAAUUAAAACUUCGAAGAUGCUUUAACAGUUGAGAAGAAAAAAUAAUUGACUGAAUAAUUAGUCUAAUUUGAAAAUGGAAAUAAAUUUGCAUUAUAUAGAUAAAUUUUAGCUAAAUUCUCUUUAGCCCAUAAAAAGGAGAAAUUGAUUCUUUAAAUUAAUGCAAGAAUAUUAAGAACCCAAAUUGGAGCUGUUUGGGAUACAUUUAAUAAAUGGAAAAAUAUUCCUGAGGCUAAUGCUGAAGAGUUAAUUAAAGCAAGUAAGUUUGAAGCCUAAUUAAAUAAAUUUGCCCUUCAUAUUUGGAGGAAAAGAACUUGGAAUCCACUUUAAGAAGUUUAUGAUGAUGCACAAGCUUUGAAAAAGAGAGCAAUCAUAUUGAUGAUCAAGACAUAAGAAUCUGAAUAAUAAAGAGUAUUGGAUUAAUGGAAUAAGAAUGUUGGUUUAAUUAAAGAAGUAGAAAGAUGCAAAUGUGUCAUUGGUUUGUUUGGAUUUAUAGGCUCACAUAUCAAGAAUAAUAUCGCUCCAUUAAAACCUGAUGAAGAAUCAUAAAAGAAAGAAAAGGCAUUGCUUAGACUUAUUGGAAACUUUGAUAGUAAUUUAAGAUAUUUCUUCAUGAAAUGGUAUAAUGAUGGAAAAUUAGAAAAAUUAUAAGGGGCAAUGACUGAUGAGAAAAAGAAAUUGCUAUUGGAAGCCAUUAAUAAUUUCUCUAAGAAUAAUGACUAUGCAAGAUUGAGAGCCAUUCUCGCUAAAUUCAGAAGAAAUUCAAGCAUUACUGCAGUUCAAGAUAGAUUCUUUGCUAAAUUGUUUGCAACUUAAUUCGGAGGUGCUAUUAUGGCAUUCUAAAAAUGGAAAAACUUACCUGAACCAGUCAAUACUGAAUAAUUAAAGAAUGCAAGAAAAUUCGAAAGAACUUUAGACAUACUUUUCCACACUCACUUAAAAGUCUCAUUUGAUCCAUUGAAAGAAGAUUAUAUGGAUGCUUUAAACAUUAAAAGAAUGUGUUUAAGAAAAUUAUUUGAAAAGAGUAUGAGUGCUCAUAAAAGAUUAUUUUUACUUUGGGCUCAAUAAAAUAGAUAAGCUAAAUAAAUUGAAGUUUGUAGAUUGACUACAGCAUUAUUUGUGGGAUUAGCUUAAAUCGUAACUGCUAACGUUCAACCAAUAAUGUAAAAUCCACGUGAAGCCUAAGCCAAAGAAAAAGCUUUACAUUUAAUAUUCUAAGGUCAAGCAGAAAAUUUAAGUAGAGCAUUCUUUUUGUGGAGAAAUAGAGCCCAAUAAGAAAGAAUGAAUUAAAACUUCGAAGAUGCUUUAACAGUUGAGAAGAAAAAAUAAUUGACUGAAUAAUUAGUCUAAUUUGAAAAUGGAAAUAAAUUUGCAUUAUAUAGAUAAAUUUUAGCUAAAUUCUCUUUAGCCCAUAAAAAGGAGAAAUUGAUUCUUUAAAUUAAUGCAAGAAUAUUAAGAACCCAAAUUGGAGCUGUUUGGGAUACAUUUAAUAAAUGGAAAAAUAUUCCUGAGGCUAAUGCUGAAGAGUUAAUUAAAGCAAGUAAGUUUGAAGCCUAAUUAAAUAAAUUUGCCCUUCAUAUUUGGAGGAAAAGAACUUGGAAUCCACUUUAAGAAGUUUAUGAUGAUGCACAAGCUUUGAAAAAGAGAGCAAUCAUAUUGAUGAUCAAGACAUAAGAAUCUGAAUAAUAAAGAGUAUUGGAUUAAUGGAAUAAGAAUGUUGGUUUAAUUAAAGAAGUAGAAAGAUGCAAAUGUGUCAUUGGUUUGUUUGGAUUUAUAGGCUCACAUAUCAAGAAUAAUAUCGCUCCAUUAAAACCUGAUGAAGAAUCAUAAAAGAAAGAAAAGGCAUUGCUUAGACUUAUUGGAAACUUUGAUAGUAAUUUAAGAUAUUUCUUCAUGAAAUGGUAUAAUGAUGGAAAAUUAGAAAAAUUAUAAGGGGCAAUGACUGAUGAGAAAAAGAAAUUGCUAUUGGAAGCCAUUAAUAAUUUCUCUAAGAAUAAUGACUAUGCAAGAUUGAGAGCCAUUCUCGCUAAAUUCAGAAGAAAUUCAAGCAUUACUGCAGUUCAAGAUAGAUUCUUUGCUAAAUUGUUUGCAACUUAAUUCGGAGGUGCUAUUAUGGCAUUCUAAAAAUGGAAAAACUUACCUGAACCAGUCAAUACUGAAUAAUUAAAGAAUGCAAGAAAAUUCGAAAGAACUUUAGACAUACUUUUCCACACUCACUUAAAAGUCUCAUUUGAUCCAUUGAAAGAAGAUUAUAUGGAUGCUUUAAACAUUAAAAGAAUGUGUUUAAGAAAAUUAUUUGAAAAGAGUAUGAGUGCUCAUAAAAGAUUAUUUUUACUUUGGGCUCAAUAAAAUAGAUAAGCUAAAUAAAUUGAAGUUUGUAGAUUGACUACAGCAUUAUUUGUGGGAUUAGCUUAAAUCGUAACUGCUAACGUUCAACCAAUAAUGUAAAAUCCACGUGAAGCCUAAGCCAAAGAAAAAGCUUUACAUUUAAUAUUCUAAGGUCAAGCAGAAAAUUUAAGUAGAGCAUUCUUUUUGUGGAGAAAUAGAGCCCAAUAAGAAAGAAUGAAUUAAAACUUCGAAGAUGCUUUAACAGUUGAGAAGAAAAAAUAAUUGACUGAAUAAUUAGUCUAAUUUGAAAAUGGAAAUAAAUUUGCAUUAUAUAGAUAAAUUUUAGCUAAAUUCUCUUUAGCCCAUAAAAAGGAGAAAUUGAUUCUUUAAAUUAAUGCAAGAAUAUUAAGAACCCAAAUUGGAGCUGUUUGGGAUACAUUUAAUAAAUGGAAAAAUAUUCCUGAGGCUAAUGCUGAAGAGUUAAUUAAAGCAAGUAAGUUUGAAGCCUAAUUAAAUAAAUUUGCCCUUCAUAUUUGGAGGAAAAGAACUUGGAAUCCACUUUAAGAAGUUUAUGAUGAUGCACAAGCUUUGAAAAAGAGAGCAAUCAUAUUGAUGAUCAAGACAUAAGAAUCUGAAUAAUAAAGAGUAUUGGAUUAAUGGAAUAAGAAUGUUGGUUUAAUUAAAGAAGUAGAAAGAUGCAAAUGUGUCAUUGGUUUGUUUGGAUUUAUAGGCUCACAUAUCAAGAAUAAUAUCGCUCCAUUAAAACCUGAUGAAGAAUCAUAAAAGAAAGAAAAGGCAUUGCUUAGACUUAUUGGAAACUUUGAUAGUAAUUUAAGAUAUUUCUUCAUGAAAUGGUAUAAUGAUGGAAAAUUAGAAAAAUUAUAAGGGGCAAUGACUGAUGAGAAAAAGAAAUUGCUAUUGGAAGCCAUUAAUAAUUUCUCUAAGAAUAAUGACUAUGCAAGAUUGAGAGCCAUUCUCGCUAAAUUCAGAAGAAAUUCAAGCAUUACUGCAGUUCAAGAUAGAUUCUUUGCUAAAUUGUUUGCAACUUAAUUCGGAGGUGCUAUUAAGGCAUUCUAAAAAUGGAAAAACUUACCUGAACCAGUCAAUACUGAAUAAAUGAAGAAUGCAAGAAAAUUUGAAAGAACAUUAGAUUUACUUUUUAGAGGUCGAGUAAAAUCAUCAUUUGAACCAUUAAAGGAUGUUUUCUAAGAAGGUAAUAGCAAAAAAUUAUUUUGUUUAAGAAAAUUAAUGACUCUUGCUAUGGGUUAAAAUAAACGAUUAUUCUUAUAUUGGAGAGAUAUAAAUAGAUUACAUAAGUCAAUAGAAACAUGCAAACAUACCACCAAUUUAUUCUAGACGCUUGCCUUCACAUUGGCAGGGCAUAUAUAGACUAUAUUUAAACCAAAUAAAUAAUAAGAAAGUGUUUUGAAUAAAAUGUUAAUGAACUAUAAUAAUGUUUUAAGAUGGGCUUUUGUUCAUUGGAAUAAUUCAGCUAAAUAAGCUAAGAUUUAAACUUAACUUGAUGAUGAAAAGAAAAGAUUGUUGCUAUUUGCCCUCCAUAGAAAUUUAAGAACAAAUGAUUAAGGCAAAUUGCGAGACGUUUUGAGAAAGUUUUCAAAGGAAAGAUAGAAGCAAGCUUUAAUAAAGAAAUUACAAAUAUAAUUAUUGCACACAUUUGUAGGGUAGAUAGAAGUUUCCUUCUAAAAAUGGAAAGCUCUACCAGAAACUAAGGAAUUAGAGCAAAUGAAGGCAAGCAUAUUUGAAAAAUCACUUAAUAGAUUCAAAAUUCAAAUGGUUAGAAAGACAACAUACCAUUAAUUAUAUAAUAUUUAUUUAGAUGGAUAAGCAAAAUAAAAAUAUGCUAUAAAUAAAAUGUUGUAUAAUUGUAUGAGUGCUUAAAAGAAAGCAUUCUUGAAAUGGUAUAAAAUUGUUGAAUUCAGCAGAGCAGCAGAAGCAUUCGAUAUUUCAGAUAAGAAGAAACUUGCAAUCUAAUUAUUCUACUAACACAAAAUGAACUAAUUAAAUGUAGCUUUUGUAGAAUGGAAACGUUUAUCAUCAAAUUUAACAAAUAGAAAAGAAACCGCUUAAGAAAGAGAGAUUAGAUUAAAAAGAGAGGCGAUUCUUUUAUUCCAAAACUUUGCUUAAAUAAAAUUAAGAAUAUAUUUCCAGAGAUGGAACAUUAGAGCUGUUAAGAAGAAUAUGAUUUCAGUAUUUAAUGCAAUUUAAAAACUACUUUUAUUCAAUAUGAAACAAGAUAGAGAAUUAAUGAAAGAAGCAUUAGAUAUUUGGAGAGGACCAAAACUUUAAAAUCAAUGGUUCUAGAGAGUAGCCGAAAUGAUAGCAAAGAACACAAGAAUUACUCCAUAAAUAGCCUUUUGGAGAAUGAGAGAUAAUGCAACCACAUAAAAAGCUGUCAGCUUGAAUACUUUGUAAAUAGUAAAAUGCAAGAAGUUGAUAAAUAAUUUGUUGAAGGCAUACGAUAGAGUGAGAUAAAGAGCAUUUACGAAUAUAGAACACUUUGGAAGAGGAAUAACUGAUGCAAGUUCAUUCUAACCAUCACAUUCAAGUUUCUUAUAAUAGACCCCUGUUCGAGAUUCCUAGUAGAAAUCCUAAAUGGAAUCAAUUAUAUUAAAACAUAGUUAAUAGGUAGCUCUUAGUACUUUGUAAAGAGUUUUCCGUAGACAUUUGAAAUUUAGAUUUACUGAAUUAGUUUUAAUUGCAUCCCAAUGUUAGAAAUUAGGUGAAUAAAUGUUGAAGAGUUCAAUUUAACCAACUCAGUACAAAUUUAUUCAUAAAAAAAUGGCAGCUGAAAAAUUAAUUGGUGUAAUGGAAAGAAAUCUUUAAUUAAAAGAAUUAAUAUUUUUCAAUUCAAUCGCUAAUGUAAUUAUUUUAUAUAUUUUAGUAAUCCGAUCCAGAUUUGCUAAAAAGAAUGAACGAAUUAAUUGAAGAAAAUAGUAGAUUAAGAGACUAAGCAACUAAUGAUGAGACUAUUAAUUCUAAAGAUUAAUAAAUCUCGGAAUAGCAAAGAUUAAUUCAAGAUUUAAACACCAGACUUGAUAGAAUGAGAGGUUAAAGGUAUUUAAAUCGUAAUAUAUUAAUAGAAUAAUGAAAUCUUUAGAAGAAUAUUAAGAUCAUUUAGUUGAAGAUGGUUUCUUUGCUAUAUAAGAGCAUCAAAAAGAAUGAGUAUUCUUUGAACAAUAUAUUAAAUUUACAAUAAAAUAACAAUAAUCUUCAA